AUGACAGGAAAAGUGAAAUGGGUAACAGACAUUGAUAAAUCUGUGCUUUUAAAUAACUUUGAAAAAAGAGGCUGGAUCCAGGUGUCGGCAAAUGAGGACUGGAAUUUUUAUUGGAUGAGUGUACAGACCAUCCGGAAUGUGUUCAGUGUUGAAAAUGGCUACCGUCUCUCAGAUGAUCAGAUUGUAAACCACUUCCCCAACCAUUAUGAACUGACCAGGAAGGACUUGAUGAUUAAGAACAUAAAGCGUUAUCGCAAAGAACUUGAAAAAGAGGGAAGCUCCUUAGCAGAAAAGGAUGAAAAUGGAAAAUAUGUUCACUUAGGUUUUGUUCCUGUUACAUUCAUGCUACCGGCAGAUUAUAAUAUGUUUGUGGAAGAAUUUAGGAAGAAUCCAAACAGCACCUGGAUCAUGAAACCUUGUGGAAAGGCUCAAGGAAGGGGAAUAUUUCUUAUUAACAAGCUUUCACAAAUCAAGAAAUGGUCUCGUGACAACAAAGCCGCUAAUUUUGUGACUACCCCUUGCAAGGAAACUUAUGUCAUCUCCCUCUACAUAGACAAUCCAUUAUUAAUUGGUGGGAAGAAGUUUGAUCUCCGUUUCUAUGUGCUAGUGACUUCAAUUCGUCCAUUAAAAUGUUACAUGUAUAAACUGGGUUUUUGUCGCUUCUGCACUGUCAAAUACACUCCAAGUACCAAUGAACUAGACAACAUGUUUGUGCAUCUUACAAACGUAGCCAUACAGAAACAUGGGGAUGACUACAAUCCCAUUCAUGGUGGAAAAUGGAGUGUGGCAAAUUUGAAACUUUAUCUGGAGAGCACACGAGGAAAGAAGGUUACUGAUAAACUAUUUGAUGAAAUCCACUGGAUGAUUGUACAAUCACUCAAAGCUGUUGCUCCAGUCAUGAUCAAUGAUAAACACUGCUUUGAAUGUUACGGCUAUGAUAUAAUAAUUGAUAGCAAUCUGAAGCCUUGGCUUAUUGAGGUGAAUGCUUCUCCUUCACUGGCAUCCAGCACAGCUAAUGACCGAAUCAUGAAAUAUAAUCUCAUCAAUGAUACGUUAAAUAUUGUUGUACCUAAUGGCGAGAUCCCAGAUUGUAAACUGAACAAAAAUCCAUCCAAAGAAGCUCUUGGAAAUUACGUUAUCCUCUAUGAAGAAUUAGCAGUGAAUGAAGGAGCGGACCGUGACUUAAAAAAUCGCCCAGGCCAGUCAUUUGGUUCAAAAGUUGGACGAGCAAAAGAUUUUGGACGACCUAUCAGCAUGACUUGGAAAUAAUAUUUAAAAAGUGGAAAAAACAGUUAAACUGCACCAAUGCUGUUCAUAAACACAGCUGUUCUAACUGUGCAAAAUGAAUGAUGUGAUUUGCUGUUUGCAAUUUUUUACACUAUUCGCUGAGUUUUUUCUGUCUGGCACUAAUUCAGGUUGAUCUCUCUCUUCAGCUAUCUUGUCUUUUCGUGUUAAUAUCUUGAUGAUUUUGAUCAGAUCACCCCAUAAUUUUCUAAAUUCUAGAGAAAACAGACCUAAUUUGCAUAAUGUCUCCUCAUAACUUAACCCCUGUGAAGUCCAGGUAUCAUUUUUGUAAACCUAUGUUGUACUUCCUCCAAGGCAAUAUAUUCUUGCUAAGGUGUGGUGCCCAGAGAUGGUUACAUUACUCCAAGUUGGGUUCUAACCAGGGUUUUGUAUAACAGCAGCAUAACUUCUGCAUCCUUGUACUCCAGUCCUCUAGAUAUAAAGGCCAGCUUUCUUGAUUAUUUUCUGUACCUGUUCAUAACAUUUUUACUGUCUAUGCACCUGAAUGCCCGAAGUCUCUUUGGACAUCCACUAUAUUUAAUUUCAUACUAUUCAGAAAGUACCUUGAUCUAUUCUUUCUCAGUCCAAAAUGGAUAACCUCACACUUGCUUACAUUGAACUUCAUCUGCCACAUUUUUGCACAUUCACUUAGUCUAUCGAUACCCCUUUGUAAUUUAUGCUGUCAUCGAUACUGUUAAAAAUGCUGCCUAACUUUGUAUCAUCAGCAAAUUCUAUGCUAUCAUCCAACAUAGGUGGUAAUGAAUAACCUGAAUAAUUGAGGCCCUAACACAGUUCCUUGCAGGACACCGCUGGUCCAGCCAAUUUAAGUACCUAUCCAUUAUCCUUACUUUCUGUUGCCUGCCACUCAACCAAUUUCCAAGCCAUGUCAAUAAUUUGCCCUCAAUUUCUUGGAAUUCUACCUUAAUUAACAGUCUCUUUGGGACUUUAUCACCUGCCUUCUUGAAGUCCACAUAAGCAACAUGAGUAGACAUUACCCUGUCCAUUACCUUAGUCACCUCUUCAAAAAAUUAAAUUAGAUUUGUCAGGCUGUCCCUGAUUAACCAAAAUUCUCAAGGUGUGCAGUUAACGCAAAUUUGAUUAUAGUCUCCAACAAUUUUUCCAUCACAGAUGUUAGGCUAACUGGUCAGUAAUUCCCUGGUUUAUCUCUUUCACCCUUCUUAGAAAGCAUAGUUGCAUGUGCAUUUUUCCAAUUCAGAAAGGCAAUGCCUGAAUCUAGGGAAUUCUGAAAGAUCAUAAUUAGGGUAUCCACAGUGUGCUCCCCUAGUUCUUUUAAUACCUUCAAUGGAAACCGUCAGGGAUUUGUCACUUUUUAAUGUUAAUUUUAUUCAGUCCCUGUUCCGAACCCACUAUUAAUUCCAGGAGUUCUGGAAAGCUCCGCUGUAAAUUCUGAGGCAAAGUAGUUAUUCAAUAUUUCUGCCAUUUUCCAGUAGUUAUUACCAAUAUCCAUACUUACAGACUUUAAUGCAUUGCACCUGACCACCUGCUUUCUGUUUAUAUAACAAUAAUAUUUCUUUUUAUUGAUUUUGAUGUCCCUACACAUUUCUUUUCAUAAUCUCUUUUUGUAGUUGUUAUAAGUUGCUUUGUGGCUCUUUGAUGGUCUUUGUAUCUUUGCCAUUCAGCUGGAUCAGCACAAGCAAAAUUUACAGCCCAGGAAUAGGCCCUUUGGACCUACAAGCCUGAGCCGAUCCAAAUCCACUGUCUAAACCUA